UCAGAGCUCGCCCCACAAUCUUUUGAGCCUUGAUAAAUUUACAGGAGUCUGUCGACAGGAGGUCCGCGCCAUGUCUACUCAUUCAUCCUACAAGUUAAGUCUGUGACUAUAGCGCAAUAUAAUGUUUGGCCUUCUCAUCGCUGGACGUCCGGUAGACGCGCAACCACAGGCAAUCUCCCAAACGCAAUACGCCUUCCAGGUUCCUUCGCGACCAGCCUUCAAUCAUAUCGCCGUCUUCUCCCUACCGGGAAACGAGCUGCCACCCGAUGCCGCCGCCGCUAUCUUCAUCCAAAUCCCACCCUCGACCGAGUUCAAGCUAGUUGGCGCCGUCUCGUCGCUGAGACCAUCCACCAUGUUCAAGAUCAACACGGGAAACAAUGUCGUCCCUGGCGCUGCAGAGGACGAUCUCAUGUUGGAUGAGGCCCCAGAAGGGGUCGAAGUAGGGGGACCCGCCAUUGUCGUUGGCAUGGAAAUACAACCUGCUGCACAGGUCAAAGCCCUGCUAGCAGAGCAGAAGGCGAACUCAUCGCAGAUGGUGCGAUCAAAUCUAUCAGCCACCGCCUCUCCAGUUACGACAAAGAUACUCGCUCAGCGCAUCAUUGCCAACGCUUUCAAUUUCCUUGCGUCAUUCGGUAGCGAUACUGUCCCGCUCAAGGCCUUUGAAGCCUGGUGGUCCAAAUUCGAAAGCAAGGUCAACAACGAUCCAAGUUUCUUGGAGCGUCCUCAAGACUGAGCCGUCCUCAAAAAUCGAUUUGCCGCCUCGGGUCGCACAUCUCGCUUAUUUCGUUGCCCAGUUGGGCGAAUACCGAGACGCGUUGGGUGAGAGCGGACUUGCUCCCCACCAGUGCUCGUGCCAAUGGGUGGAGAGUUCCUUCACCUUUUUCCGUUUCAGCGUCUGAUACAGCCUCACUUCUCCAUCUACCUGCCCCGUUUAUAUCCGCUGGCUAUGAUGCUCGGCAAUGUGAUGUGAUCGGCUGCUAUGGAGACUGUGUGGUCGAUGUCACGAUUAUCAUUGGUUGAGGUACUAAAAGAAUGGCUGUG